AUGGGGAAUAAGAUAGCCACGUUCACCGAGGAACAACUGGAGGACUAUCAGGAUUGUACCUUUUUCACGCGUAAAGAAAUCUUGAGAAUAUUUAAACGUUUCCGUGAAAUGGGAGAUCCAGGGGUGGUUCCCCGGUCCAUGACGUCCCAGCAAGCGUCGACUCUCCGUCUGCCAUUGUCGUGUCUGACCCGUAUACCGGAACUGAAGGAGAAUCCGUUCAGGCAACGGAUGUCGGAGGUGUUCGCGAGGCGCGCGAAUUCGGGACAGUCGAUGGCUGAGAACGAGGGGAUCUGCUUCGAGGAGUUCCUCGAGAUGAUGUCGGUUUUUUCGGAACAGGCGCCGCGGGACUUGAAGGUCUUUUACGCCUUCAAGAUUUACGACUUCGACGAGGAUGGGGUGUUGGGGCUGAGCGACUUGGAACACACCUGUCGACAGCUAGUUCAAGGCGGCCUGAACGCCGACGAGGUGACCACCGUCUGCCAGAAGGUCUUGGACGAGAACGACAUCGACGGUGACGGUGUGCUGUCCUAUCUGGAGUUCGAGCACGUCAUCACCAGGGCCUCCGAUUUCCUGGCCACUUUUCACAUAAGAAUUUAA